CUUCCUAAAGAAGAUAUGAAGAAGUCGAUAAAGCAAAGAAACCAGUCUCAACUCUCAUCCAUAGAAUCACGCCUGACGAUGACUAAACUUCAUGUUCCAGUUGCAGUGGGCGAACUCUGUGAAAUAUGUGGUGAUGGAGGUUUUGAAGAGUGUAAAGUGACGUGUGAUCAGUGCAAAGUUGCGUGCCAACAUAUGUAUUGCAUGCGCCACAACAGUUUGGUAGCUCCAGAAAUUUGGUUUUGUCAAGAAUGUUGCCUUAGCAAUCACUUAGUUGUGGAAUUGCCUAUUGAAAACAAGAAAAGUGUGGUAAUUGAGGAAGAACCAACUCUUCAAGCACUGUUUUCGCCUUCUUUAAUGACAGGCGGACAGCCAAGAGUCCAUUCAUGUACUUCUCGGCGAAAGGGCAAUACAAGGAAAAAGGGAAAGAAGCUUUCAGAUUUCAUUUGUUGUGUCAUUGUACAAGAAGAAAAGCCUCUUUUGGAAUUGUAGCUGCUCAUCACCGAAGUCACUACCGUUGAAGUUACUUCUGCUGCACCUUUGCAACCAGUUCCUCUUGUUGUGGCAUGAGAUGCCCACUGUACGCUAGUUGGCCCCAAAUAUGUGCAAGAUAUGUGAUUUCUCGUUAUUAGAACCAUUUACUGCUGUUCACUUUCUGGUGGACAUGUGAUGUCUACUUAAGUUGUUUAAAUUGUUUUAUGAGCAGGGUUGGAUCUUUAUCUAAUAUUAAGAUUCUCAUUUUUGAGUCAAAGAAGGCAACUUCAGUUAUUUCAUAUAUACCAAUGCAUAUUAAAUUUUGACUAUUUACUGGCUUAGUACAGUGAUUAUAUUUAAUUUCAGUUGUGAAGUUCAUGCAGGUUCUGAACAUGUUGGUGAAAGAAGCCAAGUAAUCCUCUUGUUGUACAGGAAGAAGCUAGAUUCCCCCAAACGAAGGCUAGGAAGACAGACAAAAGAGUGACUUUUGCACCUCAAUUUGUUAUCA